AUUUUGCUUGCUUUCACUUUUGCAUCGCCGCAUCGGUCGUCGUCCGCCAAUCGGAUAGAGUUUUCCUUUUCAUGGCACUUACCAUGUCCAUUGUUUACACACUUUCGGGAUGGUCCUUCGGCCCCCCCUCUCCACACAGGUAACUCACCAAAAAUGAAAAAAAAUUGCGUCGGCGAAGGGCCAUGACUCCUCGUGCGUAAUGGAUUCUGAACUUGUCGCUUUUUUGUGCCGACGACGGGAUAUUGCCCUGGCAUGUCCCUAGAGUUUUUUUUUGUUCUUAAAUACAUCCACCCUCUCGCGUACCCCACCAAAAACAGCACCUCUGUUUGGUAUGUGGAAAGCUUUGUACUUGAUCCUCACCCAUAACACGCCGCAAUACCCACUAGAAUAGACAUUUUCCAUUCCUUAUCCCUUGGCUCCCAUCAUUAUCGAUUUCUUACAUCUUUUAACUCCUUCACACACGAGACACCAAGAGCAAAAUGCCUGCCACGCAAUCACAGCCAGAACAAUUUGAUGUUCUCUGCGUCGGGUUUGGACCAGCAGGACUGGCCAUUGCGGCUGCUAUGGCAGACGAAAAAGUCAUAUCUCUCGACACGACAACAGCGGAUGAGAGCCUACGUGUUCGUUUCAUUGAAAAGCAGCCUUCCUUCCUCUGGCACGGUGGUAUGCUUCUUGAUGGUACAAAGAUGCAAAUCUCCUUUCUCAAGGACUUAGCUACCCUGCGCGACCCCACGAGUAACUUCACCUUCCUCAAAUACCUGCACGAGAACGAUCGUCUCGUUCCAUUCGUGAAUCUGGGUACCUGGAACCCAUACCGGGUCGAAUUCAACGAUUAUCUGUCAUGGGCGGCAAAAAAGUUUGAGAAAUUCUGCGAUUACGGUGAACAAGUCAUGUCUGUGGACCCAUUGAUUCAUCCCCAAGACGGGACCGUCAGUCAGCUACGGGUUACUUCAAGAACCUCAGAUGGAGCCCGCAUAGUAAGAGACACCAAGAAUAUCAUUGUGGCCAUCGGUGGCCAGCCACGGUACCCAGAUUUUGUUCACCGGUCUAUCGGUUCCCAAGUAGACCAGACAACUACUCCCCACCUUGCACAUACCUCUCAAUACACCUACCGUGUCCAACAAAUGCUUCCAGAUGCUGAGGCAUCAUACCGUCUCGCGGUGAUCGGAUCGGGACAGAGUGCGGCCGAAGUAUUCAUGGACUUGGGACGAAGGUAUCCCAACGCUGAAGUCAACCUCAUCUUCCGCGAUUCGGCUCUCCGCCCGUCGGAUGACUCUCCCUUUGUCAACGAGGUGUUUGACCCUGACCGUCGCGAUGCCUUUUAUGCGCAAACAUCCGAACAACGGAAAAGUUCUCUUAUCCGGGAUAAAGCAACCAACUACUCUGUUGUCAACGAAAAUCUCAUUAAUGAGAUCUACGGCAUGAUGUACAUGCAACGGUUACCUGGAAGCGAAACCCGACCUAAGCAUGCACUGAUGCCAAAUCAUUCCAUACUGGACAUGCACAAGUCGAGUGGCGGCAUCACUCUAACGCUAAGGGACUCUCGCAGCGAUAAUACGACUGGAUAUGAACGGACUUUUGAUGCCGUGUUUCUCGGCACGGGAUACGAGCGAUUCGCCCACUUGGAUGUGCUACAGCCCGUGCUGCCGUACCUGAACAAGGAUCAGGACAACAAGAUUGUUGUCGGUCGUGACUACAGAGUGUCAACAACCAAUGCCUGUCGCGCUGGCAUCUACGUACAAGGUUGUUGUGAAGAUACCCACGGACUAAGUGAUACACUCCUUUCAGUUCUGGGUGUUCGAGGUGGCGAGGUGCUUCAGUCCAUUCAAGCACGCAUGAACAAGGUGCAGAUUCUCGGUCAGAAGCAGAGCGGCAACAUGGUGGAUGUUAAGCAAACCGCUACUCCACCAGCAUCACCGGUACCUUCUCCUACCACCUGUCAACGCAUCAACGUAGACAGGAUAGAUAGUGGGAUCAACGUGACGGGAACCAAGAAAGAGUCGGGCCUUGCACCAUGUCCACCCAAACCCUUACCUGGCACUAUCCUCUUCUCCAAAUAUAUACCUCACCUGAAUGAAACAUUCUCCCUUCGUGUCGCCAACCUCCAGACCGACAUCCCCCUUCUGACAAAAUGGCACAACAAUCCUCGAGUCAGUAAAUUUUGGAAUGAAGUAGGAGAUGAGUCUCAUCAUACCAAAUACCUCUCGACACUUCUCGCCGAUCCCCACUCUAUUCCUUGCAUUGGCAUGUUCAACGACGUCCCUUUCGCCUACUUUGAGAUUUACUGGGCGGCACACGAUCGACUCGCAGGAUAUUAUGAUGCUGGUACGCAUGACCGUGGGUUCCAUCUUUUGGUAGGAGAAGAAGCAUACAGGGGCUCCCACCGUGUGGAGGGAUGGUUGCCCGCAGUCGUGGAGUUUAUGUUUGGAGAUUGCUCGGGCACAAAGAGGGUUGUUUUGGAACCUAGAGCGGACAAUGGGAAGCUGAUAGGAUACUUGUGCAAUUUUGGAUUCCAGUUCAAAGGAGAAAUCAAGCUGCCGCAUAAGACGGCAGCGUUAAUGGUUAUGGAGACGGAAUAGAUCAGAGAAGAUGGACUGUAAGCACACUAUUGUAAAAUAACUGUUCAAAAAGUGGAGAUCGCUUACGAUACAUUGGAACCACAUUGUAAUAAAUCCAUAAAGAGAUAAAUGACACUUUAGUUCCUGGGAA